CCUGCACGCGCUGCAGGUCCCCACGCUCGCACCUCACAUCUGUGCUUGCUCGCGUGCACAUUGUUACUGUCUUCUUCUUGUCGCUCCUUUGCGUUUCCUUUUUGCGCACUGCUCGCUUUCUCCAAGCCUCGUUUGCCCGUGAAUUCACUAAGCUACUCCCGAGGUCGACUGUCCGGAACACACGUUGGGGCUUCGACAACAUCCAGACGCACAGCAGCUGCGGGAGACCAGGGAGGACCGCGCGAGCUUCUGGCACGAUCAUGGCCGACAACAAGCGCCAAAGUGUGGUGGGCAAGGUCGCUACUCCCAACCUGAAGACCGGUGGGGUAGCCACAAAGGAUGUUGGUGAUGCGGAUUCGAACUUAUACAAAGCCGUAGGGUCACGUAUCAAGAUCACAUGCGCGCCCAAUAACAAUGUCCUCGAAGGCACCCUCUUCACAGCAUGCAACACUACAAACGCAAUUGCGAUCAACACCGCGCCUGCGCCGCCCAACCCUUCCGCCUCGCUCUCCUCGCAGCCCGGCGACUACCACAUCAUUCCCUUCGCACACAUACUGUCCUUCGAGAUCAUUGGCCUCGGUGAACGAGGGCAACAGACAAAUGCAGGGUUCGAUAGCGCAGUGCCCAACAUCGCGAAGGUCGACAUGGCAGCGCUGAUGGCAAGAGAGGAGCAGACGAUCCGUGAGAUGAAGAAGAAAGAUGAACAGAAGGGCAAGGGAGUCAGCAGAGAAGCGCAGGAUAUCUUUGACGCAGUGAGCAGAACGCUUCCAGCAGAGUGGCACCAACAGGAUAUUGUCGUUAACCAGGCUGUUCUCAUCAAGCCUCCUUACACAUUGGACAGCAUCAAGGCACCGGCUGGCAAGGAGCAAAGCGUCAUCCAGGUGAGGAAGAUCAUGGAGCGUCACUUCCAGAAGAGGGCCGCAGCUACACCCCGCAAGGGCGGUUAGAACGAAUCCCAGUGGAAGAUGAGGCGAAGACUGGCAAGCGAGCCAGAAGGCUUGUGCAAUCGCCGGUUUCCAAGAACGACGAAUCACAGAACUGAAUUCACACUAGGAAACAGAGAGUCUGUACAUGAGUCGCAAUUGCCGCCAUCUCGGCAAUGGGAGUAAUACUUGAAUACCGAAGAUUUACGUACGUUCAAGAAUCUUGACAGAUAGGAGAAUCAACAAACCAGGAUCACAACACAACUUCAACGCACUUUGCAUAACUAC